AUGGCCGACUGGCGGUCGGGUUCCAGGCGGAAUGCACUGGCGCUUUUUCUUGGCGUUUCCGCCAUUCUUGGCAUUUUCAUUCUUCUUUUGACCUCAAGCACGGCCUCCACUGGCGGGGGCUACGGCCAAGACGAAUACGGUGUAGUCAUUGGUAUAGAUAUCGGCAAUACAAAUGCUCGAGUGGCAUUCAUCAAUCAAGAACAACAACAUCAUAUAGUUCGGCAUGGUAGUGGCGCUGGAAAAAGCCACAUUGAUAGUUGUGUGGCUUUCACAGACAACGAAAUUCUGAUUGGCGAAGAGGCAAGAGAACAUAUGAUGCAUAAUCCAGUUAAUACCAUAUGCGGUGUCCGAGAUCUAAUAGGGAGCCGUUGGUCCGAUCCAAUGGUACAAGCGCUGGUAAACCGCGUGCCAUAUCGAAUCAUUGAGCAUAAUGACAAGCCCGUCCUGCAAGUUGUGCGGAAAGGCGCAACGCAGGAGUUCACGCCAGAGGAUAUAUACUCCAUGGUUCUUGGCCGGCUCAAAUCAGCUGCAGAGGACGCUCUGGGCUUCUCCGUAACACAUGCGGUUGUCGCUGUUCCAACAUAUUUCGGGGACAACCAAAGGCAAGCUGUCAAAGAUGCGGCAGUCAAGGUUGGCCUAAAUGCGCUGCGAUUGGUCAAUGAACCCACGUCAGCUGGAAUUGCACACAGUGUGGAUCAUAAUGACGAGAGUCUGGUACUCGUGGUCGAUGUAGGCGGCACGAGCACAGAUAUCACCCUUUCCGAAGUCGACCAGGGCGUCUUCGAGAUAUUCGCUACGGACCAUAUCGCUAUGGGAGGGACUGACCUUGAUGAGAGAGUUAUCUCUUCCUUGCUACUCAACUUUCGACGGGCAAACGAUAUCGAGGACUCGGUGUCUGGUUCACAAGCACUCGAUAGGCUCAGGUCAGGCAUUCAGCAAGCAAAGCACGAACUAUCUACUUUCGAAUCGGCACAGAUUGAAAUGGAUUCGUUCUACGAGAACGUAGACUUCAACGAAACACUCACGCGGGCCAGAUUUGAAGAGUUGAAUACGAGAUUCAUUCACCAGCUGCUGAUAAAGGCGACAAAAAAUGUCCUUUCAGAUGCAAAGGUUUCCAAAGAUCAAGUAACGGAUAUCCUAUUAGUCGGUGGCUCGACGAAGAUUCCCGCGAUCCGAAAUUCAAUCGAAACUUUCUUUGAUGGCAAGAAGCUUGCGACCAGGGAUGACCCGGAUGAAGCCGUUGUUAUCGGUGCUGCAAUUCAAGGCUCUGUGUUGUCAGGGGAUGAUGGUGCAAGCAAUUGUGGCUUGUAUAUCGAUCUUUCUCCUCUGUCUAUUGGUAUUGAAACAUUCGGCGGUGCUAUGAACAAGAUCAUUCCACGCUGGGCUCCAAUUCCCAUGCCCCUGGCUCCGGUCGAAAACAACGGAUCCUUCAGACUAACGACUAUGCAGCAACUGGAAAGGAGACCCGGGCUGUUUUCGUUGGUGCUUCCCACGCCCCGCGUUGCAGAGCUACAGCUAACCUAUGCGCUCCAGAACGAUACCGCCUAUAGGAGAUCUGGAAGCGUUCACUACCACGGAUAUGGAAGUGAUGAUUACUGGGUGGAUCACGUCGAACCCCUGAUGGAAUCCGAAGUCGACUAUGAGCUCGCAGAUCAAGUACAAUCUCGCAUCGCCCUCGAGAACUACAUCCUGGCUCUGGAACGUCGAUUCCAAGCCGAUCAGGAGAUCCCGGCAAGUUGCCCGGCGGAUGCACUCGAAACCCUUCGCACUGUGGUGGAGGAUGAGCGGAAGUGGCUCGGCAGAUUUGAAAUCGAGGAUGGAGUCUUCCUGGGACUUAAGGAGCGCCUCGAUGGGCUGCGCAAAGCUGGGGAACAGUGCUUUGGAGUCCUCAACGACCGCUUUCUUCCUCGGGUAGGCAAUAGGACACGGCCUUUGCUUGACGGCGGCUCUGAAGGUCAUCAAAGAGCGAGCCAACGCGAUGAACUUUGA